GAUUGCCAGAUGGUGGCUUGAGAGUGUCCACCUCAACUCAACCGCGCUACGGCUUAAUUCGCAGUCGGACUGCAGGGACUGGACCCAGGUCUCCACAUUCUCGUCAUCACGAAGCUGGCUGGUGUCACUUGAGUCUAAGCUGGUCACUGGACCUUAAUACCACGCGACUGCUCCCGCGGCCGUUCUUGUUCAUUAACCCAGCUGAUGCGACCGAAUGAUCAAGUCGAACUUCUCGGAGUUUCCAACCACACCAGGCCGAGUGAACAACAUGGGUUGAUCUUGAAGUUCUCGCACUCUGGUCACAACGAACACCAAACAACUCUAGGCAACCUCGCUGUCGGAUCGACGAUCGUCUGUGAGCCGAAGCCGACAAUAGAUCGCGACCGCUAUCAAACCACCGCAGUCUUAUAGCGAUGUCAGAGACUUGAGAAUCGAAAGUUCCAUCGCAUAUCGCAAUGACUUCCCGUAUCUUCGACCGAUUCAUUCCUUCACCAAGAGGAACACAAUCAUUCUACGAACAGCUUCGCGCCCGAGAUGAUAGCGAAGACGAAGAGAACGAUAUAGAGCAAGGGGCGGGCCUUGAUGUUGAUGAAGAGAAUCUGCGACAUCGCCUUGACGACUUUCAUACAGAUGAUGUCGGAGUCGACGGCAGCCGAGUCACCGUUGCUAGCACGGCCCACGGUAAUGCUUUGGGUACAGACCUAGCAGAUGCUCCUAUGAAUCCUAAGUGGAAGUCUCGGGAGGACGACAUUGACAACGACGUGCCGGCAUCCCUGCUGGUAGAACAUACUGAGCCCGGGAGGCCAACUCCGUUACGCGACCUAGAUCGACCGCAGCACAUUGGCAAUAACCCUGGCCAAGGCCAACGACCUCGCACGCGCGCUCGUGCCCCGGCAUGGCCAACACAACCGACGCCCGCUCGAUUAGCCGGUCGCGGACGCUCGGGCAACGGUCGCCCGAAGUCACUUCUCGUAGGCAAAACGACCGGCGGACCGAGAGAGGAAGCACUGUGGCGGUGGGCUAAUACUACGAACCUCGACACAUUCAUGCGCGACGUGUACGACUACUUUGAGGGUGGAGGCUUCUGGGGCAUACUGUGCUCUAAUGGCCUAUGGUUGCUCGAGACACUCUUCGUAGCGGUACUUCUGACGUUUUUGACGCAGUGCUUGGACUAUGGCAAACUGCCACACAGCAAAUCUCUUGAUCAAGUCAUGGUCCAACAAUGCACUCGACACAUGUCUGGCUCUUGGAGCCUAGCAAUCUGGCUGUACUCGUUCUUCUUUAUUUGGAAAAUCGUGCAGUACUUCUUGGAAAUCAGGCGCCUACGACACAUACGUCGAUUCUACAUCUACCUGCUAGAGAUCCCAGAACAAGACAUGCAGACUGUGUCUUGGCAAGACAUUGUAGCUCGCGUCAUGACACUGAGGGACGAAAAUCCGAAAACGGCGGUCAAUAUGCCCCAGGCGCUUCGUCGUUUCAUUGGGAGUCAAUCAAAGGAACGGCUUGACGCUCAUGAUAUUGCCAAUCGUUUGAUGCGCAAGGAGAACUACCUCAUCGCGUUGAUCAACAAAGAUGUUCUUGACCUAUCUCUACCGCUGCCUUUUCUACGCGGACGACAAAUGUUUUCCAAAACCAUGGAAUGGAAUCUGCAGUUCUGUGUCCUAGACAUGGCAUUCAACGAUCUGGGUCAGGUACAACAGGACUUUCUUCGUGCCGAUCGCCGCGGAAUCCUGAGCCAGAAGCUUCGGCAACGGUUCUUAUUUGCGGGUUGCCUCAACUUGCUUUUUGCUCCAAUGGUCCUCGCAUAUGUGAUUAUUGUCUAUUUCUUCACUUACUACAACGAAUACCAAAAGGACCCAAAAUUAGCAGCAGCGCGCAAGUAUUCAAGGCUGGCCGAGUGGAAGUUCCGUGAAUUCAACGAGCUGCCUCAUAUCUUCUACGAAAGGCUGAACAUGUCGAUACCGUUUGCCACGCGCUAUGUGGACCAAUUUCCGAAAAGAAUGACAGAAGAUAUAGCGAAAACGGUCGCGUUCAUCUCCGGAGCGUUAACCGCUGUUUUGGCGGUACUGACUGUGUUCGACUCGGAGCUCUUUCUCGGCUUUGAGAUCACUAAGGACAGGACGGUCCUCUUCUAUCUCGGUACCUUUGGAGCCAUCUGGGCCAUGACACGCGGCAUGAUAACCGAAGAAACCAAUGUCUUCAAUCCUGAAUAUGCCAUGCGAAACGUGGCCGAGUACACCCACUACAUGCCUGAGCACUGGAAGUCUCGGCUGCACAGUUAUGAAGUCAAGCAGGAAUUCGCCCAGCUGUACAAGAUGAAGUUCGUCAUCUUCCUCGAAGAGGUCAUGGGCAUCGUCACGACAUCUUUGCUGCUGCUGUACACGCUCCCCAAGUGUAGCGAUCAGAUUGUCGACUUCUUCAGAGAGUUCACAGUUCAUGUGGACGGUCUAGGCUAUGUGUGCUCGUUCGCCGUGUUCGAUUUCAAAAAGGGGGUGGACACGGGCAACAGAGCCCGUGACCAGGACGUCCGCGAGGACUAUUACUCAACUAAGCAUGGAAAGAUGGCGGCAUCCUACUUUGGGUUCAUUGACAACUAUGUCAUCAAUCCCAAAACAGGUAUACCCGGUCAUAUCCCGCCCGGUGGACGGCAGCAAUUCCAUCCCCCACCCGCAUUUCCUGGUCUGAACUCGCCUACCCUCGCGACGGACGCACACGACGCGCAUAUGCACCGGUCAGAUGUAGGGAGACGACGGUCGCGCAAUCCGGAGGGUGCGGUAACCCGUAUGGCACCGCCUUUGGCGUCGCCAAUGGCUAGCAUGUUGCUCGAUCCUCACCACCAACCUCAGGGAGUCAUUGGAGGGGGCAGGAGCCUACAUCGAUCCAGACACCCGUGGAUGGCGGCACGAGAAGAAAGCCAGAUUAUUGAGGAGGAUUCCCAGGGUAUGGACGAGAGCAGGGCCAUGGGAACCGACCAUGAAGCCUUUGGUGGCGCUGACGACCUUGGGGUGUCAGCGUGGCAGACUUCGCCGGGACGUGGACUCAGCCGCGAUAACAGCGCGGCCAACGCAGAUGAGCCUGCUGCCGGCGUCAUUGGUAUGAUAAAGGAACUUCGACAUACGCAAAGGGGUAGGAGAGGCGCAGGUGUAGUUUAGGCAAUGGAAAAGGUCACACUCCCGCUGUGAACUUUGCGUAGGACACUCGCGCUCAAGAUAGUUUUGCGACACCAGCAAUCCGCAGGUUGCUGCUGCGCUGUUGUGCCGCCUUCUUUACGAAUACUGAAGUCGCGGGUGAAUGCGCUACCACAAGACAUUGGCGUGUG